AUCAUUUAGAAAUUAAAAAAGAGUAAAAACUGAACCGAAAAUAACAUUUCUGUUCCACUCUCGACCUCUCCUCCAUUCCCACCCGACUGGCAUAUCCACCACGCCUUAACCUCGCCGAUUCUUUCCGUAGAGUUCAGCGGCGGCGGAGUUCGGCUCUUUGCUCGUGGUGUUCAGCUGUGGUCUUCCGUGCGCUCCUCAGGAUGGAUUGGCAAGGGCAAAAGCUAGCAGAGCAACUGAUGCAGAUUUUACUAUUAGCAUCUGCAGUGGUGGGAUUUGGAGUGGGUUAUGUGAUGGGCUCGUUCCAGAUGAUGGUUCUCAUUUAUGCUGGUGGUGUGGUUCUCACCACAUUGGUCACUAUCCCAAAUUGGCCCUUUUUCAAUCGCCACCCUUUGAAGUGGUUGGACCCAAGCGAAAGUGAAAAGCACCCCAAGCCGCAGCGGCAGCAGCCUGUGACUUCCAAGAAGAAAUCCUCGAAGAAAUAGAUGGGAGCUAGGCCAAUUUGACUGAUCAUAAUAAAACUGAACUAUGGUUUUUAGUGUUUUUAUCCUUGAGUUCUGAUUUGCCUGUUCUAGCAAUGUCAAUGGAUUUUGUUUUACCAAGACUUUAGGUUCAUAUCAAUAGAUUUUAUCACUUACUAGAGUUUACUUUUUAAAAUUUUGUAUUUACCAUUUACCAUUUACCAAUGAUCGUGGGCAAAUCUUUUGUUGGUUUCA